AUGAAGAUCUCUCAGCUUCUCCAAGUCAUUACCGUAGCGCUGCUGGUUAUUGCGCUUUUGCCUGAGUAUGGUGCCGCUUCAGUCGAUGAUAUCGGCCUGAACGCCGAUUUCGAGCGAUUCGCUCCCAAUGGCUGCCUGCAGAACCAAACCCUCUGUGGCUCACUCUGCACCUUCUUGAAAUCGGAUCCAAACCACUGCGGCAGCUGCAACCGAUACUGCGCCACCGAUUUUAUGUGCUGCUCCGCCACUUGCACCUCGCUUCUCACCGACAAGAAGAACUGCGGCAAAUGCGGCAGGUUCUGCCGCGGAACCUGCAUCGCUGGUACCUGCGACUAUGGUGCAGCUGGCACGCCGUUGAAGAAGUAA